UGAAUGUAUAUUAGGCUUUGUAAAUAAAGCCCUUGUAGAUCUUCCAUUGGUGACUCCUGAUCUAACCAUUUCGUCAAAAACCACUGUAGAUGAAGCACUUGGCAUAAAAUUCGAAAGUGUUACCUUAACGUCAGAAAGUAACAUACUUUUGUACAUUGGUAGCAAGAUUCUCCAAAAAUCUGACAAUCUACAACAAUUUUUAACACCUCUUAGCAAAAACGGAUUUAUUUUAACACGAGAAGAUAUCAACUUCAAGCUAGAAAAACAUAUCAAUCAAAUCGAAAUUCUCACUGAUUAUGUAACUCCAAAUGAAAGAAUUAUUUUAUUUAGGAAAAAGUUGAAAAUUGGGAAAUCCAAGUUUAUCGAAAUAUCUUCAUAUAAUUUCGACUGGUUGCCUGAAUUACAAAACUUUUUAAAUCACGGGAAUAACAUCAUAGUUUAUGCAACAAACCAAGUUCCUGAAGGAAUAUUGGGUUUGAUAAACUGCAUCAGGCGAGAAAGAAGUCAAACCAUGGUUCAGUGUUUUUUCAUGAUGGACGAGGCUCCCGAAUUUGAUCCUCAACAUUCAUUUUAUUGUAAACAAAUUAGUAAAAAUUUGGCUAUAAACAUUUAUAAGAAUAAAUCUUGGGGAACAUAUCGACAUCUGCUUUUGGAAGAAAGCCCGAAAAUUAUUUGUGACGAUACCUAUGCCUAUUUCAAAACUAGAGGAGAUAUGUCUAGUUUCGAAUGGUCAGAGGGAGCUUUAACUAAACAAGUACCAUUGAAAAAAGAGCAACUCUUGAUUUCAACAUAUUAUUCGUCAAUCAACUUCAAAGAUAUUAUGGCAUCUACUGGGCGCAUAACUCCAGAAAUUUUAGACCCUCAUCGACUUGGUCAAGAAUGUCUAAUAGGAUUUGAAUUUUCAGGAGUUGAUUUAAGUGGCCGUAGAUUAUCUGGAAUGAUCAAUGCUCAAGGCAUUUCGUCUUACGUUACUUGUGAUUCUUCCUUGGCCUGGGGAGUUCCAGACUCGUGGUCACUUGAAGAUGCAGCAACGGUUCCUGUUGUGUAUUCCACUGUUAUUUACGCUCUUUUAAUGGUUGGAAAUAUGAAACCAGGUUCAACAAUUCUCAUUCAUUCCGCUACUGGCGGUAUUGGACUAGCUGCUUUGAAUCUUUCUCUUCACUAUGGAUGCGACAUUUAUGUAACCGUCGGCACUCAGGAAAAAAGAGAGUAUUUAAGGAAAAAUUAUCCACAAAUUUCGGACAGGCAUAUGGGACAUUCUCGAGACACCUCAUUUGAACUCAUGAUCAAAAGAGAAACUAAGAGUCGAGGAGUUGACUUCAUUUUAAACUCGUUAAGCGAGGAUAAGUUGCAUGCUUCCAUUAGGUGUUUAGCACGAGGUGGACAACUUAUGGAAAUUGGGAAAUACGACUUAGCUAAUGAUAAUUCUUUCAAUUCUUUGUUUAUGGAAAGAGAAGCCACCUAUCAUGGUAUAUUCUUAGAUGAUGUUUUUAGGAAUGUUAAGGAAAUGAAGUCCAAAGUGGUAAAACACUUGAGAGAGGGAAUAAAAUCAGGUUUCGUAAAACCGCUGCCUAGAAUUGUGUUCAACGCAGACGAGAUAGAGAAAUCGUACAAAUACAUGUUGGCAGGCAAACACAUUGGCAAAAUCCUAAUCAAGUUGCGAAAUGAAAACAAAGAUAAUCAGAUUCGUACUUGCAAUAUAAAUAAAUUAGAAAUUGUGUCAAAUCCAAGAUUCCAAUGUGGCAGGCAUUUCACUUAUAUCAUUAUUGGAGGUCUUGGAGGAUUUGGUUUAGAAUUAAGCGAUUGGUUGGUUCUGCGAGGUGCCAGAAAACUAGUACUCACUUCAAGAUCGGGUAUUCAAAAUGGUUACCACCAACAAAGAAUUAAUAUUUGGAUUUCGUACGGUGUUGAAGUCAAAGUCUCUACAGACGAUGUGACAACCGAGGCAGGAUGUGAAAAUUUAAUCAAAGAAGCAAGUACACUGGGAUCUGUUGAUGGCAUAUUUAACUUGGCUGUUGUACUUAAAAUCGCACUAUUUAAAAAUCAAACCGAAGAAAAUUUUCAUGCUGUGUUAGAGCCGAAAGCUUACGCUACACUACACUUGGAUCGAGUAACCAGGAAAUUAUGUCCACAGCUAAAGUACUUCGUUGUAUUUUCUUCUUUAUCUUGUGGUCGUGGUCAUGUAGGUCAAAGCAACUAUGGUAUGGCAAACUCUGUUAUGGAAAGAAUAUGUGAAAAUCGAAAGCGUGAUGGAUUACCAGCUUUAGCUAUCCAGUGUGGUGCAAUCGGUGAAGUUGGUUUGUUAGCGAGGAUGUAUGAAGAAAAUGAAGAGUUGGUGAUUGGUGGUACACUCCAACAAAAAAUUUCAAGUUGUCUUGAGGUGUUAGAUGUGCUGAUAAAGCAUGAAUAUCCAGUGGUUUCUAGUACGGUGGUAGCUGAAAAAUAUCACAAAAGUGACAAUCCUAGUGCAGUCGCAGCUGUUGCUCAUGUUAUUGGCAUAAAAAACAUGAAAACUAUAAGUCAGUAUACGACAUUUCCAGAGCUCGGUAUGGACUCGAUGAUGAAUACAGAAAUUGUUCAACUUCUAGAAAAAGAUUUUGAAAUUUACGUAACAUCUAAAGAUGUGAGAAGUUUAACAUUUGCGAGACUGACCGAAAUGGAGGCAGAGAAAAUUAAUAGGUCUGGGAAUACUACAUGCGACAAGACACAUGAAAACACAAAUUUUCUCAUUGAGUAUAUUCGUAACAUCGAAAAUAGUCAGCUUGCUGCUGUUAGAUUAAACAGUCGAGUGGGAUUAUCUGGAGGAGCUCCAAUCGUGUUCGUGCUACCAGGAGUUGAAGGCCUUUUGAAACCACUAGAAUAUUUAACAAAUUCUCUAAACGCGCAUGUAAUUGGAGUACAAUACAAUUAUAAAAAUCCAGAAGAGAGCAUUGAAGAAAUUGCGAAGAAUGCCUUACCGCACAUCGAAAUUUAUUUGUCCAGAAAUAAUCCGUUUUUCCUCAUUGGAUAUUCAUUUGGAACUCUGGUCGGUUUAGAAAUUAUUAGUUUGUUAGAAGAAAAGGGAUAUAUUGGUACCAUAAUUUUAAUCGACGGUUCACCAAAAUAUAUAAAUUCUUUUGUAAAAAAACUCUUUACUCAAGAAAAAGAAAAAACUGACUUCCAUACUGCAUUUUUGAGUAAAAUCUCUUUUAUGAUUCCAUUGGAUGUAUUUUCGCAGCAUGAGGAAACGUUGCUAAAUUCCAAACGUUUAGAACAAGGAAUCAAUUUACUUACAUCUUUGAUACCUUCGAAAAUGAGUAACAAGCUAGAAAAACAAGCAGCUAUCACCGUGUAUAAGCGUUGUAACGCUAUGUUUAACUAUACAUUUAAAAAUAAGAAAAUCAUAUCGUCAGUACAUCUGGUCAAGGCAAGAUUAGCUGUGGUUGGAGACAGAGAUGAUUAUCAAUUAUCAGACAUAAGCGAGAAUCUAGCACAAGUAAUUACAAUAGAUGGUGACCAUGUAACAAUUUUAAACAACCAAGAUCUUGUUCAAGCUGUUAAUGGAAUUAUAAAACCACCGUUGCAGCUUUCAAUUUAAUAAAUAAGUAUUUUCAACCUUAA